AUGUCUCUCCCCGGCCUAGACCUCACACAGCCGUCGGCGGACAACCAAUUUGCGCCCGCACCACCGACCCAAAUCAGUUUGUCGAAGGACUCCGAGUGGAGAUUUGAGGUUGCUUUCGGCACAGUUAUUCGAGUCAAGCUCCUCGCUGGCACCGCAGAACUCUUUGGCACCGAACUAGCUCCGUCUCAAACAUACACCUUCUCCGGGACGAAAGGCGCAAUAUACACCUGGCAUGGUUGCACACUGGAAGUGAGCGCGGGGGACACAGGACCGUCCGUCGAUGGAUUGGCACCGGGUGGACUGGGCGGCGCGACACCUCGCGGGCUCGGCGCGGGAGGUUGUCAAAGCGAGUACACGGCGGAGGAGACCCCGAUGGUUGAAUACGCCAAUGUGCAUUUUGCGCUAGAGUCCAUGCGUCAGGAGGCGAAAGCGACUGGGAAAGACGGUCCGCGCGUGCUGAUUCUCGGCCCGGAGAAUGCGGGAAAGACAAGUGUCGCGAAGAUCCUGACGGCCUAUGCGACGAAGGUGGAGAGGCAGCCUAUCGUUGUCAACUUGGAUCCGAACGAGGGCAUGCUUAGUGUCCCCGGGACGUUGACAGCGGCGGCGUUCCGCACUAUGAUGGAUGUUGAGGAGGGAUGGGGGAGCAGUCCUAUGUCGGGGCCCAGUGCUGUGCCUGUGAAGCUACCGUUGGUCUACUUUUACCCGAUGCAGAAUCCGCUGGAGGCGGAGGGGUCUGUUUACCGGCCUAUUGUGUCGCGGUUGGCGCUGUCGGUGAUGGGACGCAUGGCGGAGGAUGAAGAGGCUAGGGAAACUGGUAUUAUUGUGGAUACGCCGGGGGCUUUAAGUCAGGGUAAACCUGGAAGCCUUGAGAUGAUCAACCACAUCGUGACGGAGUUUUCGAUUACUACUAUCCUUGUCAUUGGCUCGGAACGCCUAUACAGUCUCAUGAUGAAGAGCUACGAUAACAAGCCGACGUCUGGCGCUUCCGCUGUGGCCUCGGACGAGCGCAUUACGGUCGUGAAGCUCUCCAAAUCCGGUGGAUGUGUCGAUCGUGACGCAACAUUUAUGAAGGGUGUACGGGAGUCCCAGAUCCGGACGUACUUCUUUGGAAACCCUAUUCCGUCCACUGCAUCUGCCGCUCUUUCACUCUCAGCAUCGUCCACUACCAACGUGACGCUAUCUCCACACGCCCAACAGCUUGAAUUCAACACACUAAGUAUCUACAAUUAUACCAUCGCAUCGCUAGAGGAAGACGAAGACGAAUAUGACCCGUCUCAACUCGGCGCCGGUGACUCGUUCCUCCCCGGAGGAGGCAACGACGCCGAGGUCAGCCAGACCCAGCCAGACGAGCCUGCUCGAGCGACCCCUUUGCCCGGUAUAGUAUCCAGCAUCGAGAGCGCCACUCCCGCCAUGGCCUCGAAUGUGCCGUUGAAGAAAGUCUCACCCCCUGCACCAUCCACCCUCGCCAAUUCUCUCAUCGCCAUCACCAACGCACCCACGACCGCCAGUGCAGCCGAGGUGCGGGACGCCAGUAUCAUGGGAUUCCUGUACGUGGCCGAAGUGGAUAGCGAGAAGGGCAAGAUCCGUGCUCUGGCCCCGGUGGGCGGACGAGUGCCCCCGCGGGCAAUUGUCUGGGGAAAGAAGUGGCCCGGAGAGGUGGUGGGUUUGGUGGGAUAG